AUGCUGCGCGCCAUCGCCGAGGAGCGCGGCCGGCUCAGCCUGCGCCGCGAGGUCUGCGGCCUCGGGUGCUUGAAGGAUGACCGCAUCGCCUUCUGGACCUGGAUGUUCUCCACCUACUUCAUGGAGAAGUGGGCGCCACGGCAGGACGACAUGCUGUUCUACGUGCGCCGGAAACUGGCGUUCUCGGGCAGCGAGGGCAGUGUGGAUGGCAAGAAGCCGGCGGAGACUGAGCCCGAGGUGGAGGUGGAGGUGGAGGUGUACCGGCGGGACUCCAAGAAGCUGCCAGGCCUGGGAGACCCUGACAUUGACUGGGAGGAGAGUGUCUGCCUGAACCUCAUCCUGCAGAAGCUGGACUACAUGGUGACAUGUGCUGUGUGCACACGCACCGAUGGGGGUGACAUCCACAUCCAUAAGAAGAAGUCCCAGCAAGUGUUUGCGUCCCCCAGUAAACACCCCAUGGACAGCAAAGGGGAGGAGUCUAAGAUCAGCUACCCCAACAUCUUCUUCAUGAUUGACAGCUUUGAGGAGGUGUUCAGCGACAUGACUGUGGGGGAAGGAGAGAUGGUCUGUGUGGAGCUGGUGGCCAGUGACAAAACCAACACGUUCCAAGGGGUCAUCUUUCAGGGCUCCAUCCGCUACGAGGCGCUCAAGAAGGUGUAUGACAACCGAGUGAGCGUGGCCGCCCGCAUGGCACAGAAGAUGUCGUUCGGCUUUUACAAGUACAACAACAUGGAGUUCGUGCGCAUGAAGGGGCCCCAGGGCAAGGGCCAUGCAGAGAUGGCGGUCAGCCGUGUGUCCACUGGUGACACGUCCCCCUGCGGGACGGAAGAGGACUCCAGCCCGGCUUCACCCAUGCACGAGCGGGUGACCUCCUUCAGCACACCCCCCACCCCGGAGCGGAACAACCGGCCCACCUUCUUCUCCCCAUCCCUCAAGAGGAAGGUGCCCCGGAACUGGGUUGUGGAGAUGAAGAAGUCUCACUCGGCCAACGACAGCGAGGAGUUCUUCCGCAAGGACGAUGGCGGAGCUGAUCUGCAUAAUGCCACCAACCUGCGGUCUCGGUCCCUCUCUGGCACGGGGCGGUCCCUGGUCGGGUCCUGGCUGAAGCUGAACAGAGCGGACGGGAAUUUCCUCCUCUAUGCACACCUGACCUAUGUCACUUUGCCGUUGCAUCGGAUCUUAACAGACAUCCUGGAAGUUCGGCAGAAGCCCAUCCUGAUGACCUAGCUGUGUGUGGAGCCCGCAGGGAGCCUGGCCCGGCCCCGGCAGUACUGCCAAGUGCCUACCUGUCCACCGCCACCGGGGUCUUCUGUGACAACCCAGCGCCGGAGCCGGAGCCAGGCGGGGCCACUCGACCCCUGGGGCCAGGGCCGACUCCUCGAACACCAGCCCAAACUGAAGUGCCUCUUUCUCCCUCCCGCUGGCUCUGCUCCUGCCCUGCGCCCACCCACCCGUCACCCCCGCCCACCUCUGGAGAGCCCUCUGCACCCAAAGACGACCACAGGCGCCACGAGGCCGUGAGAGCAAAGGAGCAGC